ACGAGGAGAAGGGUUCCUGCGAAACGCACUCAAACUUCCCUACUUCCUCACGUUAAUUUGCCAGCUCCCUCUUUUCUCCUCUCAAAUUCUCGCUUCCUAAAGAACUCAGAACACCCCUAACUUGCUCCAUCUCACUUCCAAAAAUGGCCCCAAACUGUGCCAAUUCUUGGCCCAGAAAAUCUCCCUCCAAUCCUUUCCUCAAUCACCUCCGAACUAUUCUUUUUGCCCUUCUCGUAUUCUCUCUGGGUGCUCUCUUGCUUACUUUUCCCACCACUUCUUCCUCACUCUUCCACACUUCCCUCACUUCCAAACACUUUUCCGGCGACCUCCGAAAUGUGAAAUUCUCAUGGAAUUUACUUACUUUCUCAUCGGAUCGACCUCCCCCCACUUCCCUCAAAAUCGCUGUUUUCUCCCGUAAGUGGCCUGCCGCGUCUGCACCAGGCGGCAUGGAGCGGCACGCGUUAACUCUCCACACCGCUCUCGCUCGUCGUGGCCAUCGAAUUCAUGUUUUCACUUCUGCUCCGCCCCCGAACGAAGCCGUGCCCACUUCCACCGGCCACCCGAAACUCCACUUCCUUGAAGGCCCGCCAGGCCAAUGGCGGUGUGAAGAUGCAUGGGCCUUGUUUGAGGCCGAGAAUCUCGUAGAGCCUUUCGACGUUGUCCACUCCGAAAGUGUCGCACUACACCAUAGGUUUGCUAGCCGAUUGCCCAAUCUAGUAGUCUCUUGGCACGGUAUUGCACUUGAAGUCCUACAUUCAAACAUCUACCAGGAUUAUCUCAUCCGUGAGCUUGACGAGCCGACUAGUCCCUCUUUCAACAAUUCCCUCUCUUCUUCGAUGUUCAAAGUUCUCAGUGAGAUCAGAUUCUUCAAGAACUACACACACCAUAUUGCGGUUAGUGAUAGUAUGGGUGAGAUGUUGCGCGAUAUGUAUCAAAUACCAAAGGGAAGAGUUCAUGUUAUUCUCAAUGGCGUCGAUGAGGAUGAGUUUGGACCUGAUAAGAAUCUCGGUGCAAAGUUUCGAUCGGAAAUUGGCGUACCCAAUAAUGCCGCAGUUGUUAUGGGCGUUGCUGGGCGUUUAGUUAAAGACAAAGGACAUCCUCUACUGUUUGGAGCAUUCUCCAAACUAAUCACCAGGUACCCAAAAGUCUACCUAGUCGUCGCCGGAACCGGGCCUUGGGCCCAAAGAUACACCGAUCUCGGCCCAAAUGUGAUCGCCUUAGGUGCCUUGCCACCGUCCAAGCUCAAAGCAUUCUACAAUUCCAUCGACAUUUUUGUCAAUCCGACGCUCCGUCCACAAGGGUUAGACCUCACAUUGAUGGAGGCAAUGCAAUGUGCGACACCAAUCAUGGCGACUAGGUUGCCUAGUAUCAAACAGAGCAUCAUCAUCGAGGAGGAUUUUGGGUUUAUGUUUGCACCAAAUUUGGAGGAAUUGAUCGUGAUGGAUGCAGCAGUGUCGGAGGGAAAGAGGAAGUUAAGCGCACAGAGAAAGAAAGUUAGAGAGUAUUCGGCAUACUUGUUUACGGAGGAAAUGGCAAUGGCAUAUGAGAGGUUGUUUCUCUGUGUAAAAGAUGAGCGGUAUUGUAGUUACCCUUUGAAUUUUGAUUGAAUUCAUUGUUUCCAGGGUAAUGAUAAUUUUUUUUUUUAGAAAAUAAGUAAAGUGCACUGGAUAAAGAAUUUUAGAAGUUAA